AUUUCAAACUAUUCGACGUGUUUUUAUAAGCGGGUUCUUAAUUAUUUGGUAAAAACUUCGACCUUUAUUUAUAUUUGAACCUGUUUUCGAUCGAAUUACGAGGACGAGUCGCUCAAAUCUUUUAUAUCGCAAAGGUUAAAAUGUGUUAACGUGUAAAUUAAUUUGAAACGUUAAAAGUUUUGCAAGCGUGCAAAAAAAUGUGUACUUUGCACGAUUAAAUAGAAAGAAACGAAUUAAAAACCAAGCCCAAUCGUAUCAAAGUGCUCUAAAUACUCAACAUUGAAUCUAAUAAAUUUACAUUGGACUUGAAACCUUCGGUUUUAUAGGUUAGGUUAUAAUUUUCCUGGUUAAAGAAACGGGUUUAAGAAAAUCAAAAUAAACAUGUUGGAUUUCAAGAUUAAUCGCAAAAUGCUUUAUAUGAAGCUACAUUACUUUUUUUGGAACGCCGGAACAGCACCAAUUGUACCUUUUUUAUCAAUAUAUGCAAGACAAUUAGGUAUUUCGAGUACUAUCGUAGGUGUAAUGUACACUGUGAUGACAAUCAUGGGGAUGUUAGCGAAGCCACUUUUUGGGGCAAUUGCAGAUCGUUAUCGGUGUCAAAAAAUGAUUUUUCUAACUUUUAUUUUGGUUACUGCAGCAGCUUUUCUUGCCACCUAUCAUUCACCUUCGAUUGCUGUUGAAAGACCGAUGCAUUUAGCUUGUGAUCAAUCUUACGCAUUCUUAGACACCUGCAAUGCAAACAAUACAUGUACAGUUGAAGAAUUAUUACUUGAAGUUGGUGAAAAUGGAUCUAUUCAAUGUGAUAUUAAUUGUGAAAUGAAACCGGAAUAUUAUAAAACAGUCUGUGAAGGUUGGAAAGUGGAUAAGUACUGUGGUGAACAAAGUGGAGAUCAUUUAGAAUUUUCUGUAAUCUUGCCAAUAGAGCAUUUCCAACAUAUGGGGAGCUGUUUAUAUUUUAAAAUUCAACAUGCCAUAUUUGACAAUAAACAGUAUUAUCCAAAUUGUGUUGAUGCUGCACAUCAUAUUUCAACAAUGUGUGAUGUGAAAUGCAAUGAGUUUCUUCUUAAUGAAAUUUUAAAGCAACCUACUGUUGAGAAUAACGAAUUUUAUCAUACUUACGAAUUUUGGUUGGUAUUUUUAUUUAUGAUUAUUGGUUGGGUUGGUCAAGCAAUUGUUGUUAGUGUUACCGAUGCUGUGUGUUUCGCUAUGUUAGAGAAUCAACCAAAUAAAUAUGGUGUACAAAGAUCGUUUGGAGCUUUAGGAUGGGGAGUAUUCUCGAUAAUAUCCGGUUUUAUGAUUGAUACCUCAAGUUCUGGAACGUCAAAAUAUUAUUUACCAGUUUUCUAUCUUGGGGCGUCACUUCUUAUCGUCGAUUUUAUAAUUUCAUUGAAUAUUAAGUACACCCAAAAGGAAAUGACAACUAGAAUCUUUCAUGAUGUCGCACUUUUAUUCAAAAACAUACGAAUAAUAAUUUUUGUACUAUUUUGUAUUUUCGUUGGAAUGUGUACAGGUUUAAUUUGGAACUUUUUCUUUUGGUUAAUAGAGGAUCUCGCGAAAUCACAAGGUUGCAGCUAUAUGGAAUGGAUUAAAACACUUGAGGGUUUAAUAAUGGGUGUGCAAUGCCUUCUUGGAGAAUUACCAUUUUUCUUUGUAUCCGGUUCCAUUUUAAAACGUAUUGGUCACGUUCACGCAAUGACUGUAAUUUUAUGUGUUAUGGGAAUUAGAUUUGUCUUAUAUUCAGUAAUAAGCAAUCCUUGGUACUUUUUACCCAUUGAAUUAUUAAAUGGGGUUACUUACGGGUUAUUUUACGCUGCUAUGGCAUCUUAUGCUAGUAUAGUAGCGCCACCUGGGACAGAAACCACAAUGCAGGGUUUAUUUGGUGCUGUUUUCGAGGGCGUUGGAGUCUCAUUAGGUAGUUUGCUUGGUGGUCAACUCUUGGAAGAAGUUGGGGGAGUAUGGACGUUUAGGAUUUUUGGAAUAUCAUCGUUAUCUUUAUGUGUAGUGCAUGCUGCACUUCAAUUCAUUAUGAGGAAAUCUCCGCAAGAUUCGGAGGUUCAAUACGCAGCUCCUCUGGACGCCAUCAACAUUAUAAAUGGCCAAUGGAAGUCUUGAAGGUGGUUUUUUUUAAUAUUUAUUUUUAUAAUAAAAUCGAAUUUAUUUUUAAAGAAAUUGCUUUUGUAUAUAUGU